AUGGCGGAAGGAUCACCUGGAGCUCCCUUCAAUCCUCAUCGCUUGGCUAAGCGAAGUCGAGCAUCAGAGAAUGCUGAACCUGAGUGUGAUAUGGAUGCUGAUCUGGAUUCACGGCUGAUGCAGGACCAGACACCCAUUGACGCUGAACAGGUAUCUCGUUUUCACCUUGGUUCUGAUAGUUUUCGUGAUAAGCUUAUGAAUAAGGUGAAUUUGACUAAGAAUGUGGGUAUAGAUGUUAAUUGUUUGGAUGAUGAUUAUGAGGAUCUCAAUGAUAACGAGAAUGUGGUUAUUUCUCGGGGUGAUCGAGGCCCUAGUAUUCAAUUUUCUGAUAGGGCAAUGGAUAGGUUAUGCCGACCUUGGAAGAAUGCUCUGAUUAUUAAGCUCUUGGGCAGGUCUCAUACUUACAAUUACUUACGUGAUCGUUUACACCAGAAAUGGAGUCUGAAAGGGGAGUGGAAAUUGAUAGAUUUGGUGAAUGAUUACUUUGUGGUUAAAUUUGAGCUUGAGGAGGAUUUAAAUUUUGUUCUCACUGGUGGUCCUUGGAUAAUAGCUGGUCAAUAUUUAGUCAUGCAAAAAUGGAGGCCUGGCUUUUGUCCAGCUACUGCACACAUAACUCGAAUGGCUGUUUGGCUUCGUGUCUCUGCUAUUCAGCUUGAGUGUUUUGAUGUUUGGUCGUUGAAACGAGUUGGGAAUUUGUUGGGGAAAUUGUUAAAGAUUGAUUCUCUUACCACUGCUCAAAAUAGGGGCAAGUUUGCUCGGCUGUGUGUGGAAUUAGAUCUCACUAAGCCUUUAGAUGCUUUCGUCCAAAUCAACCAGAAUUGGUAUAAUAUAGAGUAUGAGGGGCUGCCAGAUAUAUGCUACCUAUGUGGGAGGUAUGGCCAUAAACGAGAGAAGUGUGACUUGAAUACUAAAGAUGCUGAAACCGUUAAUGGUGAGACUACUAGUGCCAUGGGUGCUAAUGUUGAGGGGAGUGUUUUGGUGGGAAGUAAUAGGGCUCACUAUGAGUCUGACCAGAGCUUGAGAGGGCCAUGGAUGAAUGUUCCCCCUAGGCGUAGGCCUCAAUCUAAUUUUAAAGGAGUGGGAGGCAAGGAUUCUGGGGUAAAAAUUAAGGGCUCAAGGUUUGAUGCUCUUAGGCAAGUGGAUGAGAAUUUUGGAAAGGAUGAGGGGAACUCUGGUGAGUUGCUUGAUCAGACUGGUAGCAGACCAGUGCAAGCUGUGGUGACUGAUUUGAAUAUGGGAAAUAAGGUUUGGACAAAAUCUAAGGGUAAAAAGUCUGUUGCUAGGCAGGCUUUGGAGGAUAUUUCAAACAAGAGCUUGCCUGUGAAGAAUCGUGUGAAGGAAAAUUAUCAGAAUACUGGUGUGGCAACUAGAAAUACAUCUGGAAGUCGCCAAGUUGCUAGCGUGGCAAGUAGAAGUGCCGUUGGUAUAUCUGAUUCUAUAGGAAUGGUGGGAUUUCAAGGCAAGGAAAGUGUUGCUGCUAGUCCUCUACAUGAGCAAUUUGCGAGCUGGGGUGGCGGACAAUCAGUUCAAAAGGAAAAGGGGUUGUAUAUCUUUGGGCAUCAGCCACCCAAUAUAGGGGAGGUGGCUACUAGUAGGGAUGAAAAUUCUGGUUCUGACAGUGAUGAUGAAGUGCUAAUCCCUUCAGACAGUGAGGGUUUGGAUCCCAUAGAAAAAAUGGACUUUUCGGAAGGACGUGUUAGUUCACAUGGUGGACAUUUGGCAAGUAAUACUUCCACUUCUGUUGGGGGUAUGACUUUUGAAUCUUAA